GCUAGUGCGUACCUUUUUAUCCCUGGUACCAUCCGUGGACCGCUUCAAACACGCAAUCGAAAGUCAAGACGUUUCUAACAAGAUGUAGAGGUAUGAUACCGAUAUAAUGGUCUCCAUAUUACAAAAGUUUAUUAUAGUCCAAAUCCGCGAUUAAGAAGUGCCUAACACAAUAUGUUCUCCUUUAUCUUUACGGAGUUUAAUUUCCAGUGGCACAGAACGCCUAGGUACAACACAUCCCAGUCCCUUUACCUUCCACUUAGGGAAGACGUUAUCGCGACCGCAAGCUCUGUACUGUAUCAGUAGCGCCGGAAAUGGCCGGUCAAGAUCGACCUCAUUGAUUCGCUAGAGAUUGCCGCCUCGGCUCGCACUACAUACCUAAACUACCUGGUAGGUAGGUAUUUACAAAGACCAUGCCGUCGCCGAGCGAGCAAGAACCGCUACUUCAACAUAGUCAACCAGAGUCGAGCCGCAGUCACAGCCAUCUCACUAUGGCUGUAACAGAAGAUAAUUCCGUGCCGAAUGGUACCGCCGAUACCGUUAGCAAUAUUGGACCUGAUGAAGCCCGCCUUAUCUUGCGGCGCAUUGAUUGGCGAAUCAUGCCGCUCCUUUUCCUCACUUACACCUUUAAUUUCAUGGACAAGACUAUCUUGUCGAGUGCGUCGGUGUUUGGCCUGAGGGAAGAUACUCACCUCGAGGGCUCAAAUUACUCCUGGGUAUCUAGCGUCUUCUAUUUUGGUUACUUCCUCUGGGCGUACCCCACGACAUUGUUAAUUGCUCGCCUGCCGAUAGGAAAAUAUCUCGCCGCCAACACAUUCGUAUGGGGCGCGGUAGUCGCCUUAACUGCUGCAUGUUCGAGUUUUGGUGGCUUGAUUACGGUGAGGUUUUUCCUCGGUAUCGCCGAGGCAACUAUUUCGCCGGCUUUAAUGUUCAUCACGUCUACCUGGUACACCCGAGACGAGAUUCCCGUUAGGACUGGUAUUUGGUUUGCAGGGAAUUCUGUAGGUGGCAUUAUCUCGUCGCUCCUCGCCUAUGGAAUUGGUCACAUUUCCGACAAUAUCCACCCGUGGCGUUGGAUGUUCAUCAUCCUAGGCGCUGCCACUUUUCUCUUGGGAUUUGGGAUACUCUUCCUAUUGCCCGACACUAUUUCGGGGACCAAAUUUCUAACUCCAAAAGAGCGACAGUGGGCGGGGGACCGAGUUGUGAUAGCCGGUACAGGUCGCACAGAAAACGCGACUUGGAAAUGGGAGCAGAUGCGGGAGUGUCUGCAGGAUCCCAAGACAUGGCUUAUAUGGUCCGUCGCACUACUCUGCCAGAUCCCUAAUGGUGGCACGCAGAAUUUUGCAAACUUGGUUAUUAAGUCGUUCGGGUUUACGUCACUUGAGUCAACACUCAUCAACAUCCCCUACUCUAUCAUUUCUGUGAUAGCCAUCUCUGGAACCGGGUGGAUAGCCGGACGCUUCCGAUCGAUGAAUUGUAUUCUCGUCGGUCUUAUCGUUAUUCCACCUGUUAUCGGAUCUGCGUUGAUUGGGAGCCGAAGCUCGAUUCCCCAUGGAGUCUCCCUGUUUGGGUAUUUUCUUCUAUCCACCGGUCCGUCUGCGUUGCCUCUACUUUUGUCUCUUGUCCAGUCAAAUUUUCGAGGCGUCACGAAGAAAAUGACCAUGACCGCAUUGCUGUUCAUUGCCUAUUGCGCUGGAAAUAUUAUCGGUCCUCAAUUAUUCAUAUCCGAUGAAGAGCCUACGUAUGACACGGCGUUCCGUGCAAUUAUGAUAUGUUACGCUUUAGUGAUAUGCCUCAUCGCAACCCUCAGAGUAUACUUACAACUAGUCAAUAAACGGAGACAAGCAGAGGAAGGGAUUCAAGGUAGCGCCGGAACUUCUGGCGCCGUUGGUGGAGGCAAAGUGGUCGACAUUGCCGAUAUAUGCAAUGUGACUGAAGCAGUCAACGAAGUUCAACUAAGGCCAGAAGACUACGAAGAUACAACGGACUGGAACAGUUUUGGGUUUCGCUACAGGCUCUAAAGCACCACAUAGGUACCUAUACAAAGAAUACCUACCUACCUACCUAGGUAUGCAUCUAUGAGACACUCGCUCGGAGUCUGGAGUUUCCUCAACCUGCAACCUAUAAUCUAUAAGGCAACCUCAACCAAUGAUCAACCUCCCAGCUUCCGGUAACCGCCAUCGUUAGUUCCUAAUCUAUAUAGAUUUAAGUUCUAAUAGGGAAUAUUCGUUGGCGUAGCUUCGGACUUAAUUUAAGGAACGCCUUGAGUGCUUCCCUGCAUGAUAUUUUCUCUCCUCUUCCCAACAUUCCAACUCUAAAUUGAUUGCAAAAGUGGUAGUUAAUUAUUAUAUCACAUUACAG